AUGUUAGUGGAAACCGUCGAUGGCCACAUUGAAAACCUGAAGUUCCUUGGUCAGGCUUUCACUGGCAUUUCCGAGCACAUGGUAGUGUUCCUAAUAGCUCGUGCCUUGGACGAUGAGACGAAAAAAAUGUGGGAAUCUACUGUGGAGAAAGGAGAGCUUCCAAAAUACGAGACAACGAUCGCCUUUCUUAAGAAUCGCAUUUCUGUGUUGGAGAGAUGCCAAACUUCCAUCGACAUCAGUCAACCUAAACAACGAAUGCAGAUCAGGCAAUCAUCAUCCCAGCUCGCCAAGCAGCCUCCAAAGAAAGCCAAUGCAGCAACAGCUGCACAAUCUGCAGAUCCUCAUUGUGUUUUUUGUGGUGGAAAUCAUUUUUCGUUCAAGUGUUCUGAGUUUAAUGGACUUUCGGUUAGUGAUCGUCUGGCCAAAGUGAAAGAGAAGAAUGUGUGCUUCAACUGCUUGAGACGUGGCCACCAUGUAACUGAUUGCUCAUCGAAGAAAACGUGCUCCAAGUGUCAGCGAAAACAUCACACGUUGCUUCACUCGGAAGAGGGACCACAGCAGCCAAAAUUCAGCAAAGCGGAUGAAAUUUCUAAUUCGUCAUCGGAAUCGUCAGUUCAUGUGCCAGUUACAGCAAGCAUCCAGUCAACGACGAGUGGUGUACCUGUUAAUACUGCUCACUCACGUGUUCCUGAGAAGCCAUCUAUUCAUGUGUUUUUGCUCACAGCGUUGGUCAAUGUAUUGGAUCGAGACCAGCAGCCCCAUCCGUGCAGAGUACUUUUAGACUGUGGUUCGCAAGUAAGUUUCAUCACACAGUCAAUGGCUAUCGCAUUGAACAUGCCGACAGACGAGCUGGGUUGGCUAGUGAGUGGCAAUUAUAUCGAGAGUCUUCAUUCUGGCAUAGUAUUACAAUCCCUCACCGUACGUUCCGAUCCAUUGGAAGAACUUGUGCAAAUAUUUUGGGAAGUAGAGGGUGUCUGUCCUGAGUGCAUAGUAACAACCGAAGGAGAAAAGUGUGAGCAGCACUUUUUGGCAACGCAUCGCCGAGAUUCAACUGGUCGCUAUGUAGUGCAACUUCCGUUGAAAGAUUCCAUGGUUAGACUUUCAGAUUCUCGUUCUAUGGCCCUACGAAGAUUUUUUCUCCUAGAAUCAAAACUGUCUCGUCAUCCCGAUCUGAAACUUAAAUAUGACGCCUUUAUGGAUGAAUACGAAACGCUCCAACAUUGUAAGGAAAUUCAGGAAUCCAACGAUCCUCCAGAUUUAGUCAAAUGGUAUCUCCCACAUCAUGCAGUACUCCGCCCUUCUAAUUCGACAACUCAAUGUCGGGUCGUAUUUGAUGCUUCGGCAAAGGUUUCUGGUAGCUCGUUAAAUGAUGCAAUGAUGGUGGGACCAACCGUGCAAGCCGAUUUUUUGUCAAUAAUUCUCCAGUUUCGUAAAUUCCGAUACUUUCUCAGCGCAGAUAUAGCUAAAAUGUACCGUCAAAUUAUUGUGGAUCCAUGCCAUAGCCCGAUGCAGCGAAUUUUCUGGCGAAAAUCUCCCAACGAAAGAUUGCGUGUUUUGGAAUUAACAACCGUGACGUAUGGCACAGCUUCAGCUCCCUUUUUGGCCACGCGGGCUCUUCUCCAACUGGCUCGUGACGAGCGAGAAAAAUACCCUUUAGCGGCCCGUGUAAUCGAGGAAAGCUUCUACGUCGAUAAUGCACUCUUUGGAUCUAACGAUUUCCAACAGGCAAUCAACAUUCAAGCAGAACUAAUUCAGUUGCUCCAAUCUGGAGUGGUCAACAGUGGAACCAACAACAAGAAGAUCGGACAACAACAGCAGCAGCAGCAGCAGCAGCAAGCUUCGACGAGCAUCAGCACCGAGAGCCCAUGCACGAUCGUGCAUAAACGUGUUUGCUCUGCCUCAUCGGGAUUGAUUCAAGCUGCGCCUGCCGACGAACGAAUGCCAGAAGGAAGGAAGCAGAUUUUCAGCCAGUUGCAGUGCAUGCCAGCUGCAGCCACCGGUGGCGUGAGCGCUACCACAUAG